GUAAACAUUUUUAGCAAAGUGAGAGAGUUAAAAUGCUAAGUUCUAAACUUAUCACUGUUUUGGGUGCUAUCUUAGUGUGUUCAUUAGUUUUCAGUGCAGCUACUGAGACUGCUAAUGAAAACACAGAUUUGGAGCAAUGUAAAAUUUUUUUCAAUAAAGCUUUAGAAAUCAUUCGCUCUGGAAGAGAUAAACGACAAAAAACAUACGCAGAUUAUGGAUGGGGAGGUGGUAGAUUUGGAAAGAAGAGAAGCAGUGAUGCUGAUUUUAAAAAGAGAAUCGCCCAUGAUCUACUUCAAGUUGGAGGAAGAUUUGGAAGAGAUGUUAAAAACGUUUAA